AUUCCCACACUUUAAAACCCUUCAAAUUUCACUCUUCAUAAACUUACUAAGAGAGAGAAAGUUGAAGAGAGAGAAGAAGAAGAGCUAUUAUAACAAUGGUGAACUUAGUAGCUGCACAAAAACCAUUACUCCAUGGGCUCAUGAAGCUAGCCGGAGUGGCCCCACACGCGGUGGAGAUAGAGCCCGGAACAGUAAUGAACUUCUGGGUCCCAACCGAGACAUUUCCCAAGCCCAAGCCCAAAAAAGGAGAAAAGCCCAAGCCCAAUAGCAAACCCAAUAAGCCCGUAGUAGUUUUAGUACACGGUUUCGCGGCCGAGGGAAUCGUGACGUGGCAGUUUCAGGUUGGUGCUUUGACUAAGAAGUAUUCUGUGUACGUACCCGAUCUUCUCUUCUUUGGUGGGUCCGUGUCCGAUAAGAGUGACCGGUCUCCGAAUUUCCAGGCGGAGUGUUUGGCAACGGGGUUAAGGAAGCUUGGGGUGGAUAAAUGUGUUCUGGUUGGGUUUAGUUAUGGAGGGAUGGUGUGUUUUAAAUUGGCUGAGCUUUAUCCUGAGUUGGUUGAGGCUAUGGUUAUUUCUGGGUCUAUAUUGGCUAUGACUUGUUCAGUGAGCCAAACGACAAUGGAAAGGCUUGGGUUUACAUCGUCGUCUGAGCUUUUGUUGCCCACUUCUGUUAAGGGUCUUAAAUCUCUUUUGUCUGUUGCUGCUUAUAAAAAGCUUUGGUUUCCUGAUCGUCUUCAUAAGGAUUAUCUUGAGGUUAUGUUCACCAAUAGAAAGGAGAGAUGUGAACUUCUUGAAGCUCUAGAAGUCAACAGCAAAGACCCUACCAUCCCCAAUUUUCCACAGAGAAUUCAUCUUUUGUGGGGAGAAAAUGAUGAGAUUUUCAAGCAAGAACUUGCCCAAAACAUGAAACAGCAACUUGGAGAAAGGUCAACAUUUGAAGGAAUAAAGAAAUCAGGGCACUUGGUUCACUUGGAAAGACCAUGUGUGUACAAUAAAUGUAUCAAAAAAUUUCUUAUUUCUGUCUACAAUAAGGAUAAGGAGACCUGAUCUGAUCAUCUAUCAUAAAUAUCUAUUUAUUACAUGGACAUGUAUGUAAUCAUUUUCUACUUUAAUUAAAUGUCGGAUUUAAAUAACUUUUCAAUAUGAAGAAGAUUUUAUUAAUACUAAGUAUUUGUAACAUUCAUUA